CCACCAACAGCAAGAGCAAUUGCCCUUCUCCUUGCGUCCACGCCAACGGUACAAGAUGCUCAACCAGGCGUUUUGCAUCAACUCCUGGAGUUCGCCCACCGAUAUACCGCCCAAGUACUGUCAGAUGCACAGCUAUACGCAGAGCAUGCAGGGCGUUCCGGCGCGUCAAAAAUAGAGAUGGAUGAUAUUGUCCUUGCUAUACAAGCCCGCGUGGGUUGGGAGUUCGGUGGUCGUGUACCCAAGGAGUAUAUUUUGUCAUUAGCAUCUCAGACGAAUGCUACACCACUUCCCUCUGUGCCAGAAGUCUUCGGUGUCAGGCUCCCG